AUGAGGAGUGGUGUCUUCAACCUCGUAUGCGGCGCGCUCUUGCUCGCUCAUGAUACCGCAGCCCAAGCUCUCUCGUCUUCCAAAUGGGUGUUAAGGACAGAGGGCGGAGUUCAGUAUGCUUGCAAGUGUUUUCCGGGCGACAGAUGCUGGCCCAAUGAUGCGCAGUGGCAGAAGCUCAACGCCACUGUGGGCGGAAACCUGCGCAUCAAUAUUCCGCCAGGCGCGCCGUGCUACAACACCUUUCAGGGCCCGCUAGGCAAUGUGAGCACGCUCAAUGCGGCCGAAUGCGAGAAGGUGACCGCCGGUUGGGCCAAUGAGCAGUUCCAAAUCGAGUUGCCUGCUGCUGGCCUCUGGACCUAUUUCACCAACGAUACCUGCCGACCAACCACAAACCCAUCUGACACAUGCACUUUGGGUUACUACCCGGUCCUCGUGAUUAUGGCCAAGACGGCCGCGCAUAUCCAAGCCGGUAUCAACUUUGCCAGGGAUAACAACCUGCGGUUGGUCAUUCGGAAUACAGGCCACGACUUUCUUGGUCGAAGUGUAGGCUGGGGCGCCCUCGUCAUCAACACACAUAGCUUCCAGGAUAUCAAGUUUUCGAAAUCAUGGCGCGGCGUUGGCGCUUACACCGGCUCCGCGGUAACAGUGGGCGCAGGUGUACAGGCGUUCAAGGUUCUACAGCAGGCCAACGCCCUCAAACCUCCCAAGAUCAUGGUCACCGGAGAGUGUUCGACCGUUGGAGUAGCCGGAGGUCUUGUGCAAGGCGGUGGUCACGGCCCACUGACCAAUCUCUACGGCUUCCUCGCCGACACCGCACUCGAGUUCAAGGUCAUCACUGCGGAUGGGAAAUUGCGAACCGCUAAUGCCAAUGAAAAUCCUGACCUGUUCUGGGCUCUGAAGGGUGGCGGCCCGGCAUCCUUUGGCGUAAUCGUCGAGGCGUCCUACAAAACAUUCGACGACACGCCCAGCGCGGGCAUCACUCUUGACAUCAACACGUCGCACACGACCAAUGCCACGCUCUUCUGGGAAGCUGUGCGGAAAUUCCACGGCUAUAGCACCCACUUUGUCGACAAAGGGCUCUAUGUCUACUAUGAGCUGGGAUUAGCUGGGCAGAGCCUCCACGUGCACCCCUUUGUGGGCAUCGGCAAGACGCUCGCUGAGCUACAAGGUAUCGUAAAGCCGCUUUUCGACGACCUUGACGCGUUGGGUAUCCGCUACACCACGAGCGGUCAGAGCUUUCCCACAUUCUACGACUUGUAUCAAGCAAUGUUCGAGGCUGAAUUCGCCGGCAACUCGGCCUUGACAGGUGGCUGGACUCUUGGACGUACCGAUGUGGAGAAUAAUCACGACGCUAUUAUCAAGGCUUUUCAGACAAUCCUCAAUGCUGGCUCUUUUAUGGUGGGCCACAUGUGGAACGCUGGCCACGGCCUGCCGCAAAAGGAGUGGAAUAACAGUGCCGUUAACCCCCGGUUCCGCAACGUGGUCGACAAGCUCAUUACGUUGGUGCCUGUAUCCGGCAAUGCCCCGCUUUCGGAGAAGGCAACUGCUCAAGACAAGCUGACCAACGUCGUGGAUGGUGCUCUGCGCGCCGCCUCUCCUAAUGGUGCGGCCUACAUUAACGAGGCCGAUCCUUUUCAGCCCGACUGGCAAACCGCCUUCUGGGGCACCAACUACCCGACACUGCUCAAGAUCAGGGAAAGGUAUGACCCCAAUGGCGUCUUCUACGCGGUCUCCACCCCCGGGACCGAGAACUGGGCGCAAAUUGAAACGGGCACAAGGCUUUGCCGCAAACUGUGA